AUGGCCUCCCCAAUGCCGUCAAUGCAACUGACGCCGAUGCUGGGUCAGUAUCUCGUUGCGAUCAAUGGCUUUGUCGGGGCGCAGAAUGAGCAAGCACUGGCCGGAUAUAUGCCCAUCGAGCCUCCAUUCCAUGACCCGACCAUGCAACAGAUCAUAGCGGAGCUGCAGCAGACAUAUCCGCCGGGCCACGAGGAUGCACUGGAGGGCAAGUGCAGCGACGCCCUCACGGUGGCACGAGACGGGAUCGAAGGAAGUCCCAGCUGGUCGCAGUUCACGAGAUUCGUCGUGCAGUACCUCACGUAUAUCCGCGACGUGGGCUUGGACGAGGACCAGUACUACCAGACCUACGAGAUGUUGUAUGAACUGCAGAAGUAUGUCGUCCGGACCGGAAGGGAUGAUUUUCGCGCGAGGAUGCACGGCUAACUAACAUGCUUCUUCAGGCGAGCGAAUAGUGCCCUCACGCACGCGACGCUGGGCAAUCUCAUGCUGCCGAUUGUCGUGGGCUUUGCGAAAGUCAUCUGCAAGCUCGCCAUCUUCAUCGACAAACACCCGGAGAGAUUCGCCCAUCUCAAGCCCAACCGCGGCGGCGGCGAGGAUGACGGUCCAUCGAGCACACUCCCGGAACGAGCUGCCGAGCUCCUUCGAGGUGGUCUGACAACCUGCCUGAACGACCGCUUCUCCUCGAUCGAGGACGGCAGAGUCCAGGGCAAGAAACGGGGCAUCUACCUCAUUGCCAACGUCUGCCUGAAGAUCUUCUUCCAGUGCCGGAAGACCCGCAACGCCUCGAUGAUCUUCACCAACAUCGGCAACCUCUCACCGCCGCUGUCUUCGUAUCCGAGGGCCCAGCGGGUUACAUACCUCUACUAUCUCGGCAGAUUCUGGUUCCAAAACAGCCAUCUCGAUCGUGCGCGGCUUGCACUACAGUCGGCCUACGACGAGUCUCCCGCGGUGCAGCAGUGUUGGCACCAGAGAAGGCUCAUUCUCAUUUUCUUGAUCGCGAGCAACAUCAUUCUAGGACGAUUCCCAUCGGAACCCAUCUUUGAGCGGCGAGAAGCGAAGGGUCUUGCUCAGCACUUUCGUCCAUUGAUGCAGGCUAUCCGCACCGGUAACCUCGCUCUGUUCCGCCAGCAUAUGGAUAUGGACGGGCCGCAUGCGGACUUCUUCUUCUACUACCGCAUCCUGCUCCAGCUGAGAGAUCGCUGUGAGGUCCUCGUCUGGCGCAGUCUGGUGCGCAAGACGUGGAUCCUCUCCGGCACGCGCUACACCUCCGGAGGCCAGCCGCCCCUCGUCGAUAUUAAGAAUCUCGUUGGCAUCUUCGGGCUCCUAGAAGGACGCGCUGCCAAGCACGCAGAAGUCGCCUGGGUCGAUCCGGACUUUGCAGGCGUCGAAUUCGACGGACCAACCCCCGAUCCCAACGCCAUCACACCGCUCAAGAUGGAAUCGAUCCUAUCCUCGCUCGUCACGCAAGGAUUCCUACAGGGCUUCAUUGCACAUCGACAGGCCAAGUUUGUUUUUACGCGCGUGAAACAGGCGGGAGGGGAUGUGCUUGCGGCUGGAUUUCCGACGCCCUGGAAGACUAUCGAGCGCAAGAUUGCCCAGAGUGGGUUCGCGGAUGAGGUUCCUGGUUGGAAGCAGGGCGCGCCUGGGAGUAUGGCGGCUGGUGGUGGUGGUGGUGGGAUGGUGAUUAAUAUGAGUGGUGCGAGGCCGGUCGGGGCGACUUGA